UCCUCACGUGGUUUGGCAGAGCGCGCCACCGCCGUCAGCCUGGAGCUGGUGAAGCGAGUGCGCGCGCGGGCGGCCAGCUCCCUCCAGCGGCCGGGCCGGCGCCAGCAGCUCCAGCUCCAGCAGCGUCGAUGCGGGCCCCGGACACGCAGCUGUACAUCAGCCGGGCCUAGCGAGGACCAGCAAGGCGGCGGUGUCAGAAUGAUUUUUAAGUAUUGUCCAGAAUGUGGCCAGGAUUUAGAAGCUACUUUCAACUUUUGCCCAACAUGCGGUUUCAAGAUACCCAAAGGAGAAAAAGAGGAGGAAGUACAACCUGUUACUGUCCAGGCCACAACAUCUCCAGCUCAAACUCUGCCUAGUCUAAAAGCAGCCAGUACAAAGCACACCCCUGUGAAAAUAAUCUCACCCAGGAAAGAAGUGGCUUCUCCAAAGAGAAGACGACAAAAUGAACUGUAUGAACAGAAAUCUCCCACAAAGGCACCACAAGUUUUGAGAAGUCCAAAAGGAAAACGGCAAAAGAAUAAUCCAUUGGAACCGAUUGCAGAAAAUGAAAUUUUGACUGAUCAGAACAGCAGAAAAUGGAGACUUACCAAGAUUCUUUCGCAGCAUGAAACUGAAUAUGGGCUGCUCUAUUCAGCACAACAAAUGCCUGGUUCCUCACAGUGCAACUAUACAGUUAAAGUGGAUGCAAAGGAUGGUCGAAUUUUUAAUGAACAAAAUUUUCUUCAGCGUGCUGCAAAACAAAAUAAAGUUGACAAAUGGAUGAAGUCCCGUAUGAUGACCUUUUUGGGAAUUCCUUCAUGUGUUGGCUUUGGAUUACAUGAAAAUACUUACAGGUUUCUAGUAUUUCCAAACUUGGGUCACAGUUUACAAUCAAUUAUUGAAAAAAAUAAGAUGCCAUUAUCUGAAAAAGCAGUAUUCCAGCUAUCUUAUAAAAUUAUUGAUGUACUUGAAUACAUUCAUGCGAAUGAAUAUGUACACGCAGACAUCAAGGCAGAAAAUAUUUAUGUGAACCCAAAAGAACUGGAACAGGUGCACCUAGCAGGCUACUCCUUUGCAUUCAGGUACUGCCCUGAUGGUAAACAUGUUGAAUAUAAAGAAGGGAGCAGAACACCACAUGAGGGCACCGUGGAGCUGAUCAGUGUGGAUGUGCACAAAGGAGCUGGGCCUUCCAGACGCAGCGAUCUUGAAAACCUGGGUUAUUGUAUACUGAAGGCGUUGUGUGGUUCCUUGCCUUGGUCGAAAAACAUUGACUCUCCUCAUUCUGUCAUGGAAACAAAACAAAAAUACAAGGCUGACAUAACAAGUCUCCUAAAGACUUGUUUUGGGAAAAAGAAAAUACCAAACGAACUGAGGAAAUACUUCGAACAUGUGGUGUCACUGCAGUAUGACGAAGAGCCAGAUUAUGAUGAAAUACGAAAACAACUAAAUGAUGGUCUCCAAAGGCUGGGAGUGUCACUAAAUGCCCCUUUGGACCUUACAAUAACCACUAUUUGAAAAUUACAAUAAUCAACUGAAGCCAGCAUAUUGUUUUGAGAUAAUUGUCAAGGUAUGAGUUUUCCUAGGUGCUUUGAACUAUUUUGUUUUUAAAUCAUGCUUUUUACAACCUUUGGGCAGGAUUACACUGGGUAUGCUUGUGUGUUUUCAAGAUUUCAGUAUAGUGUUUUUAAAUAAAAUUGAACGUCAUUUCUGAGAAGGGAUUUUUGUAGCUGUAUUUUUAAUGUUUUUUACCAGUGAUGUGUUUUUCUCCAUUUGGCUCAUUGCACUCUCACCAUUGGGUAAUGGUCUUCCUUCCCACCGUUAUUUCUCACAGCCAUGUCUGUAAUCCAUUUGUCCAACAAUAAACAAUUUGAAAAAUAA